AUGGAGGAUACUCGACAGCUGGGCGUAAUCGCUGACAUGCAAUGUGGUGGCUGGUCCACAACACUGCUCACAUCGGACGGUACGCUUCACACAGCCGGUGUCCUCGACGGACAGGUGACCCUAGCCUCGCACGAAAGACUGGCACCUCUUUGCUUCCCCGCUGGGUAUCCCUCAUCAGCUGCCGGAUCUCAAUACCAAGAGCCUGCCACUACUGUUCGCCAAUUUUCAGCAGGCAGAUCACAUAUACUUGGACUUUCAGACGAUGGCAAGAUAUGGUCAUGGUAUCAUGCCAAAAAGGCUGCACUGCAAGUCAAGUUUGCUCAUGUAGAGAUGCGAGAGCAGACUGCAGCGAAUUCUUCGAUCAAACAAGCUUCGACCUUUGGACAUGUUCGGCAGGUUGUCGCAGGAUGGAGCCGCAGCUCUGCCUUUGUGCACGGUACAGGCAUCGUGGUUUGGGACGUAGUCGAACGAGGGACUAACGAUGGCGAUACUGACACGAUGCUUGUUUUGGAGAACGCUGAAGUGCCGAAGACAAGCUAUCGACGUCCUAAAGGUAAGGAAAGAGAGACGGAUGAUCAGAUGGCUCUUGCCGAGGAAGUUGGAGCUGUCCUCAACUACAUCAUCCUUGAGCACUUUGUUGUCCUUUCCACCGACACCGGCAAAGUGUUCUGCGGACUCUUUGGCGACAAGAACCGGGUCGAAGACAUCCUUGAGCUGCGCGAUCUGCGAAGUGAGAACGAUACAGCAGUAGAUGUUCAAGGGUCCUUCCGGCGCUUUGCAGUAUUCAAAAAUGGAGAGGUCAUCACCGCUGACCAAGAAUAUCUGCAUCAGUGUUGGAGCGCCCGAGGUACAGACUCGACAUUUGGCGGUCUUCACAGGAUCCCGGCUUUACAACAAAACGACGUCAUUUCUGUAGCAUUUGGUGAUUACCAUUACCUCGCGCUUCACUCAAACGGCAAGAUUACCUCUUACGGUACUGAGUUACAAGCUUGCGGCGCGCUUGGUCUUGGGGAAGAAGGCCCACAAGGUAAGGCUCGAGGUAUUGUUUACGAUCGCUUCCAACGCGACGGUCGCCUCCUACCUCACGCAUACACAUACGGGCGCCAAGUGUGGUUCGACUCGAGAAAGAAAGACUGGAUCCAGCAAAUCAUUCAGAAUGGCGGCAGUGAUCCAGAAGAAGCGAGACAGAGAAUGGAGGCUUUCGAGGACGAGGCUAACGUCCAGGGAGAAGUCAGCGAAUGGAUCGAGCAGGAAGGCCGCGAAUGGGACAAGGACAUUUGUGAUGAUGGCCUCGGUGCAUACUUCGCCCUUAGAGUUAGUGCUGCAGGUUGGCAUUCUGGUGCAUUGGUGCUGGUCAACGAUGAGCUGGCUAAGAAAGAGCCGUCCUAUUCUUACGAAGGUAGAUCAUUUCCUCGACUUCAACUCAGCGACGGCACCGAGAUGCCUGGAUCUGUGGAUUUUGAUGUGUGGAGACACGGACAGCCUGAGUGGCAGCUCGACGCUGUAGCCUGA